GCCAAGCAACCAUAACCGUAAUCGUAACGGUAACCAAGCGCCUGGAGAAGGCACAACACAACACAACGCAAAACGAAGAAAAAAGCAAAACGGCAAAAGGCGAAAGAAAACAAAGUUUACAAACGCAAAAAGCGAAAGGAAAAUGAUACUUUCACGUGGCAAGACGGAUUCGGCCAGCUCGCGGCAUGUGGCCAGCGGUGGUAGCAUGCAACAGCAGCGCAAGCCAGCGGCGCCCGCAACUCUCGAGGAUUUCAUCAUCAAACGGGACUACACUGGAGCUCGGGCAUUUCUCGAGUAUGCACACGAUGAGCCCGAGGACGAGGAGGAGGGCAAGAAGCAGGACAAUGAACAGCAGCAACGACAAAUCGAUCAAUGGAUUGCCUAUUGCAAUUUCCAUUUGGGAGACUAUCAACAGGCACUCACCCAAUACCAGGACAUCAAACAGCAUCAAGAGCCACAUGUGGAGUCGCAUCUGCAGCUCAACGUCGCCGUCUGCAUGUUCUACUUGGGCUUGUACGAGGAGGCCAAACAGCUCAUCGAGAGCACACCGAACACGCCGCUGAAGCAACGUCUGCUCUUUCAUCUCGCCCACAAGCUGGGCGACGAUCAACAAUGGGCCCAACUGCUGGAGGAGCUGCUCAGUGCGCCCAGCGUGGAGCAGCAGUUGAGUUUGGCCUCAAUGCAUUAUAUGCGUGCCCACUACCAGGAGGCCAUCGAUGUGUAUAAGCGUGUGCUGGUCGACAACAAGGACUUCAUGGCCAUCAAUGUGUAUCUGGCGUUGUGCUUCUACAAACUCGACUACUACGACAUGUCACAGGAGGUGCUCGAGGUGUAUUUGAGUCAGCAUGGCGACAGCACCAUUGCCAUCAAUCUGAAGGCCUGUAAUCGCUUUCGGCUCUUUAGCGGACGCGUCGCUGAGCAGGAGAUUAAGAACAUAUCCGACAACGAUACUUUUGGUGCGGAUCUAAUACGACACAAUCUGGUUGUGUUUCGCAAUGGCGAGGGAGCGCUGCGUGUGCUGCCUGGCCUGCUCAAUAUUGUGCCCGAGGCGCGUCUAAAUCUGGCCAUUUACCAUCUGAAGCAGGGCGACAUUCAAGAGGCGCACGCCCUGAUGAAGGAACUGCAACCCACAUCGCCACACGAGUACAUACUCAAGGGUGUGGUGCAUGCAGCGCUGGGACAACAACUUGGAUCGAAAGAACACAUCAAGACAGCUCAACAAAAUCUGCAUUUGGUUGGCAGCUCAGCCACCGAAUGCGACACGAUCCCAGGACGUCAGAGCAUGGCCUCCGCCUUCUUUCUCUACGAACAGUUCGAGGAGGUGCUCGUCUAUAUGAAUUCCAUACGCAGCUAUUUCGUCAACGACGAUGUCUUCAACUACAACUUCGCCCAGGCCAAAUGCGCCACAGGCUAUUACAAGGAGGCCGAAGAGCUGCUGAUGCAGAUUAGCGAUAUGGACAUUAAGAAUCAGCACACUUACUGCAUGAUACUGGCCAAGUGUCACAUUCAUUGCGCGCAUCCGGAGUUGGCCUGGAACGUGUUCAUCACCAGGGACACGAAUGCAGAGGCUUUUCUGCUGCUCCAGCUGAUUGCGAACGAAUGCUACAGAUGUGAGGAAUUCUGGGUGGCAGCAAAGGCAUUCGAUAUGCUCGAGAAACUUGAUCCCAGUCCCGAGAAUUGGGAAGGCAAACGUGGCGCCUGUGCCGGAGUCCUGUUUGCCUUGGCUACGAAGGCGCAUCGAGGACGUCCUGGAGGUGGCAUCUCCGAGGUCAUUGGACUAUUGCGUGAAUCGUCGAAUUCACAGGCAGAGUCGAUGAUUAAGACCGUUAGAAAGCACAUAAGCAGUUUCAAGUAGAAGCACACGAAGUGUCUAUACUAUAAUUAAUCUAAAUAAAUUCAAGCAGUACUUAUUUAUCUUGCGGGCAAUAACAAAUCGACAUUUUCGACUAAUUAAUUCAAUGGGAAUUUGUCAAAACUUCGUCCGAGUCGAUGGCACUUACUAAUAAAGCUGGCAUAAUAAUU